AUGCAGCAGUGCAUUGACUUUUCGUCGAAUGACUAUCUGUCGCUCGCGCGGUCCGAGCGCGGCAUGGCGCGCUUGCGCGACUGCCUCCGCGCCUCGUGUGCUUUGGGCAGCGGCGGAAGCCGCUUGUUGGACGGCGACUCUUUGCAGUACACGGCGCUGGAAAGCCGGAUUGCGUGGCACUUUUGCGCGCAGGAAGCACUGCUUUUCAAUAGCGGAUUCGACGCGAAUGUGUCCAUGUUUAGCGCGCUGCCGCAGCGAGGCGAUACGAUUGUCUACGACGCGCUCGUCCAUGCGAGUGUGCACGACGGGAUGCGGGCGUCGCGCGCGAAAGCAUGCAUUGCAUUCCAGCACAACAACCCCGCGGAUCUGGAUCGCGUCCUUUCGUCGCUCGCCAGCGAUGGAAAUGUGUUUCUCGCGGUGGAGUCUGUCUACAGUAUGGACGGCACUGUAUGCGCACUCGCAGCACUCCUCGCCGUCGUGCACAAGCAUAUGCCGCAGGAGCGCCGCUGCGUGAUUGUGGACGAGGCGCACGCUGUGGGUGUGUACGGCGCAAAGGGCGCGGGGCUUGUCGAGCGUCUCGGGCUGGUGAAGGCGGUCGAUGUGCGCCUCGUCACCUUCGGCAAAGCACUGGGGUGUGCCGGUGCUGCUGUGCUCUGCACGCCGCUUCUCAAGUCCUACUUGCUCAACUACGCACGCCCGCUAAUUUUCUCGACCGCGAUGCCGCCCGUAGCGUUGUACACGAUCCAAGUCGCGCUCGAUAUGCUCGACGAAGAGGGCGACGAGCGCGCCGCGCAGCUCCACGCCCUCACGCGGCAGCUGCGGUCUGCACUGGGCGCGCCGCACCACAGCACACUGUGUCCUGCGCCCAUCCUGCCUGUGCACACGCCCACGGCCAAAUCACUCGCGCGGACACUGCAAGGCAUGGGCUUCCUUGUGCGUGCCGUGACAUACCCAACCGUGCCAAAAGGUACAGACCGCGUGCGCAUUUGUGUGCACACACACAACACGCCCGAGGAAAUCAAACGCUUGGCGGAAGCAUUGCGCGCGCACAGCCCGCAUGCUGCACUUUAA